AAGCACUGUUUUAUUAGUAACUACAUCAUAUAGUAACUUAAACCAGGUAAAUCAAGAGUUAACAGUGUUAUGCUUAUAUAGGUGUAAAUAUAUAAAUCCCCAAACUUCUCCAAGCUCAGGUGGCGAGAGUUACAGUCUUACGAUGGCAUGUAGGAAAAGUUCAGUUCCAAUGCACAGGUUAAUUAACGCGAGAUGUCUAUAAUCCAAAGGCGAGUGUUUUGAGAAGGUAAUUAUGUUGAUAUUCCACAAAAUAACAAUAGCAGUAGGUUUUAUCUCCGAAGUUAUUCCACUUCACACACAAAGUAUCACCGACAGUGAUCUUCAAUGAAUAUGCUUUCAACAGAAGUGGAAUUCAGCCAUGGGACAUCUCACAGUGGUGGCCACGGGAUACUCAAACAGAAUCCACGUAUGGAUUAUCACCAACAGUAGCUCAUUACAAAGGGGACCAUCACCCAGGCAAGGGUUGACACACCAGUAGAUUCCACAAGGUUACCCCAAACACACAACGUGAUAGCCACGUAUCUAGUUCCAUGACAUACAAAAUAACUCCAAUGGUGAUUUGUCGCAGGGGUGCUUUUUUCAGUGAGAUGCCCUACCCAGACAAAGGGUAAACACUCACGUGGUACUCACAAAGGUUUUCCCCUCACAAGGGAACCCACUCUUGUGGAUUAACUAUGUGACAAUCACACUUUCGUAUCCAAAUGGAAACAAACUCACCCUCACGGACUACUUAGAGAGAGAGUCCAAACAGUGAUCUCUUCGCCACUAGGCUUCUUCUGUUUCAAUCCUUCCUCUCCCCUCUUCUCUUCCUGCAAACUUCUUCUCGUUGCAGCAAACUUGUGAGAGUCAUUUAUCAAUAAUCUGGAUCGAUUUCAACUCACCCCUUUAUGGACUCCUGAAAAUUUAAACCAGUGACUGACUCACUGGUGUCUUUCAUUGACCAAAUCCAUCUCGACUCUCACUGUUUGUGUUUCUGUGUGUCUGUAACUGUCCUUGUAAAAAGUAAACAAGCUGCAGAGAAACCAUAACAUCAACUGUGCAUCAAAUAACUCCGCCUCUCUCCACCACAGUGAGCGAGCAACUCCACAGUCAGCAGCUCAAACAGUGUCCAGAAGUCAGUCUCAUUCUCCCGGAGUUUUAAAGUGACAGUCCACAGAAAAAAUGAACCCUAGGGGUACAUAACAAAGUCUACAAUCAACUCCUUGGUCUUACGGAUGUUGAGUGCAAAGUUGUAGCUGUGAUCUACUGUUCCUCACUCCUGUACAAUAGAUACCUAUGUGAGUAAUCAAGUUCAAGUUUAUUGUCUCUCAACCGUACACACGUAUACCAUCAAACAAAACACACCACACCAAGGUAUACAACAUGGUACAUAUAACUCACACAUGUAACACAUAAAGUAAUAUUACCACAAGUAAAUUAACAAAUAGUAAGGUGAAUAUAGGAUACACGUUAAAAAGUAAAUAGUAUAAUGCUGCAACGAUCUGUACAAGGUGAGACCUGGGUGGUGGCAGGGAGUUCAGUUGUCAUACAGCCACUGUGAAGAAGCUGUUUCCCAUCAUUUGUGAAACACCAGUGGCAUUGUAGUGUUUACUUCGAGACUUCCCAACAUUUUCAAUGCCAUGGACCCCCACCAUUAACCGAGGGGUCCGUGGGUCUCAGGCUGGGAACCCCUGGUUUACUUUUUAAGUUGUAUCCAAUAUGAACCUAAUUAUUUGUUAGUUUAAUUGUGGUAAUAUUACUUUAUGUGUCAUGUACCCUAUGUGAGAUACAUGUACUGUGUCAUGCAUGUCGGUCCACAUGAAUGUUGUUAACAUAACAUCCAUUGGGACUUACUUGUACAACACCUCAGUUACCCUUUCGAACCAUCAGUUCAGCCUCUUCUCAACUGCCUAUCACCUGCCCCUGGGUCGGCUCCCCCUUCACUUCCUUGCACGCUCCACACUCCUCCCCAUCAGAUUCCUUUCUCUCCAGCCAUUUAGCUUUCCCACCCACCUGGCUUCACCUAUCACCUUCCAGCCAUUCGCGUUAUGGGACCUUGUUUAGAUUGAACAGGUAGGGAUGUCAAGUUGUUUAUCAAAUGCAUGUUUUCCCUUGUCAGAGUGGGGAGUUGGUCAUCUGUAACUGAUGCCUGUGACAUCCACCCAUAAUUUGGAUCAGCUGGAAAAAUUAGCUGAAAAAUGGCAGAUGGAAUUUAAAGCCACAGGCAAAAAAUGCUCAGCAGGUCAGGCGGGAUCAGUGGAAAAGAAUAAAUAAUCGACGUUUCAUCAGGAAGGGAAGGGGAGGUGUACAAGCUAGGUGAUACUGCAAGGGAGAGGGGGAUGAAGUAAGAAGCUGGGAGGCGACAGGUGGGAAAAGCAAAGGGCUGGAGAAGAAGGCAUCUGAUAGGAGAGGAGAGUGGGCCACAGGAGAAAGGUGCAGAGGCACCAGGGAGAGGUGCUGGCAGGUGAGGAGAAGAGGUAAGAGACCUGAGUGGGCAUUAGAAGAAGAGGGAAGGGGGAGGGACAAAAUAACGGUAGGAGAAAAUAAUGUUCAUGCCAUCGGUUUGAAGGCUACCCAUACGGAAUAUGUUCCACCCUGAGGGUGGCCUCAGCGUGACAGAUGAUGAGGGCAUGGCCCUGCAGGUCGGAAUGCGAAUGGGGAUUGGGUCGCCGGGAAAUUAACGCUUUUUGCGUGGGGGGUCGCCAAUAUAGAGCGGUCUGCACAGGAGGGCCAGAUACAGCAGAUGGCACCGAGAGAUUCGCAAGUGGAGUGUCGCCUCACUCGCAGGUGAGGGAAGAAGUACAGCCUGCAGAGUUGAGCGCCAGGAGGGGGAUUAGUGGGAAGAGGCAAACGCACCUAUUUUGCGCAAUUUGGGAUGAACGUGCACACGGUUUAGAAAUUCCUCUGUAAAAUUCCGGUUCCCCGGGACAGAACCAGAUCGAAGUACAAACAAUUCUUCCGUCAGUUUACCAAGAAUCCUCCAGCAGGGUGGAGCCCCGAGUCAGACACCAUCCCGAGCCGGUGUUCGGCUGCUCGGAACGUCCCCGCACCGCUGCCAUGGGCAAAGUGAAGACCUUCGCGAUCCUCUACGACCGCCCCACCUACUCCUGCGGGGAGUGGGUCUCCGGACGGAUCGUGGUGGAGCUUGCGGAGCAGAUCGAGGUGAAACUUCUGAAAAUCCACGCCAAGGGCCAGGCGUACGUUCGCUGGACGGAAGGACACGCUGGUUCGAAUUCGCACCACACGCGGGUUUAUACUCAGGAGCGUCGAUUCUUCAAACACGACUACCUUCCCAUUGGAACAGCCUGUUAAGUCUGGUCUGUAUCGUCCAACGUUCCAAGAGCAUCAUGGGUGCCUCGUACAGAGAAGGCGCCAACAACACAAGUGGCUAUGAACGUAUAGACUGAAAGGUACGAUGAAGGCAGGCAACGCGGGAUUUUGUAUUUCUAGUAUACAUCACUAUUAAUAAAGUUUAAUUUUGGAAAAAUAACGAGUUUUCGGCAGCUGUUUAAUUUAUGCCGUUCCGUACAUAAAGGCGGAAGAAGACGCCCAAAGGGGAAUAUGUUGCCUCAUUGUGGCACAGUACAAAGACGGUGUAUUGUUAUAAGAUACCAGUUCCUCAGAACGCAAGCCGAAACUAAUUAAAGCAAGCCUCCGCUGGCAGUUUACCAAAAUUUCUCACGCAGGGUGGAGCCCAUCAGGAGGCCGGCUCCAGCCCCGAGUCAGACACAUCCCGAGUCAGACACAUCCCGAGCCGGUGUUCGGCUGCUCGGAACGUCCCCGCACCGCCGCCAUGGGCAAAGUGAAGACCUUCGCGAUCCUCUACGACCGCCCCACCUACUCCUGCGGGGAGUGGGUCUCCGGACGGAUCGUGGUGGAGCUUGCGGAGCAGAUCGAGGUGAAACUUCUGAAAAUCCACGCCAAGGGCCAGGCGUACGUUCACUGGACGGAAACACAAUCCAGCAACAAGUCCAAUCGGACUCGGCACUACACUCAGGAGCUGCGAUACUUCAAGCACAAGUACCUGCUGGUUGGGACAGAGUCUUCUGAUGAAGUUACUGUGUUGACAUCGGGCAGGCAUGAGUAUCCGUUCAGUCUUGUGCUUCCACACACGCCACCACUGCCUUCCACCUUUAAGGGUACGUAUGGCCAUGUGAGCUAUUGGAUGACGGCCAAAUUGCACAGACCUUGGAAACUGAGAACAAAAAUAAAAGAACCGUUCACGGUAUUUAACCGGAUUGACGUUAGUGCUCCCGGACCACUACUGGAGCCGCUCUCAGUAAUGGAUGAGAAAACUAUCUGUUGCUGCUGUUGUGCCUCAGGACCAGUCAUGCUAAAUGCCAAAAUUGAUCGGAGAGGAUAUGUUCCAGGUGAGACAAUUCAAGUAUUUGCUGAAAUUGAGAAUCAUUCAUCCCGCAAAGUCAAUCCAACGGCAGCAAUUUAUAAAACAAUCACCUACCAUGCAAAAUCCAAAAAAAAAUUAUCCUCCGAGCUUGUUACCAAAAUCCAGGGAGAGUCAGUACUAGCUGGACAGAAAGACAGCCGGACUACAAUGCUGUUGAAAAUUCCAGAAGUUCCUCCGACACUGAUGCACUGCACUAUUAUCCAGAUGGACUAUUCCAUUCAGGUGUCAGUGAAGAUUCCAAGUGCAAUGAAUUUAACCGUCCAUUUGCCAAUAGUUAUUGGUACAAUUCCAAUGCAUCCUUAUGCCGAACCAGCGGGUGAUUUUAAUAUCAAUUAUGGGAUGGAUUACAGUGGGGAAAACCAAGCACUCCCUGUUGGACCUGAAGUAGGUGCUGGGUUUAUAGUGAACAACAAGAAUACUGGCUUCUACUCAUGAAGGGAAUGAAAAGUCUUCAGAGGUAUCACAGAAGGAAGAUUAAAUUAAUCCUGCAGGGUUGGAUAUAUGAUGUCCAGUUGGCUUCUCUGUCCUUUGGCAUAGUCCAAUUCCUCAGGAAAGUGUCUUCUACUUAAAAGCAUAAUAAUCUUGAAACCAAAAAAAAUCAUUAGUUGUACUUUAUUGCAUUUGUAUUUUAAAUAUCUUUAUGAAUGAUAUUAACUUGCACUUUAGCCAGUACACUUCAACAAUAUUGUUUUUCAGUAUGUUGGUGUAAUUUUCUAUUAACCUUCAGAGAAUGUUAUAAAUGUUCUUAAUUUUUCAUGCGUUGAUGCAUUACAAAUGUGUAUGUUCAUGUUGUCAUAUUAUCACUGUUACGCCUGUGCUUCCCCCCCCCCCCCUCCUUUUUGAGAAUCGCAAGAUCGCUAUUAAGUCAGGUCAGGAGACCCAGGAAAUGAGAGAAAGACAUGCAGAAUCCACAAAGAGUUUGGAAUGUGUCCUGCCCUCCGAAAGGCGGAACCAUUGAUAAAGGCUAUUGUCUCUUGGAGACGGAAUUGUGUAUUGAGUGCUGUGCUAUUCAUCGAUGCCCUCAAGGGAUCAGGCAACGUGGGCUGGUUGGGGGAUGGCAUCCUCCCCAACCUGAUUGACAUCUGAGACCCCGUGAGUGGGGAUAAAAGAGGGUCUGUGGGAACAGCCCCUCAGACACACCAGAAGAAACGCUCGAAAUCCUGUAACAGCGUAAUAGCGAAAGCUGGUGGAAAGCCACGUGUGUCCUUUUCCAUUUGCCUCGGAAUUGGUGGGCCUUGCCACAGGAGAACGGCUUUAGCUAACAACAAAGGGGAAAUCAGCCCCCAACGACUCUCGAAUGAUUGACAUCAUAAAAGGAACGGGCAAGUUAAACAUCCGUCUUUCUCUCCAACCAAAAGCUGCAGCUUGAAUGAACUUGAGUGACUUUUAUAUUUCCAUCAGACAAUACAUUAUCCCCUAGACAACAAUAGAGCUAUUUCUUAUUGAUUAUUAUUAUACCCGCGCUUUUAGAUUUAGUAUUGACGAUUUAUAUUAUCUGUAUGUUUGCAUUGAUAUUAUUUUUGUGUAUUUUUAUCAAUAAAUACUGUUUAAAAAUAGUA